CUGCAGUCUCCAUUUUUAGUUGUGUUCGGUGGCUCAGGGUGAAGACAAAAUGAACACAGUAACUCAAAGCUGUGUCCUAUUAUUGUGGAUGCAUACGUUGACCUUUGUGAAAUGUCAAGAAUGUACACUUGAAAAUUUUAGGAACAGUCCCCUGUACAAUUCAAAUUUUGAUACGACAAAUUUGGAAACCAAAUACCAAAAUGAGGACCAAGUGAGAGUGGGCUGCACUGUUGGCCACAGUGGAUUUUUCAGACUCAUCUGCAAAGCUGGAAGAUGGGAGUCUCAUGGUACAACAUGUCAACCAAAACUGUGCGGUCACCCUGGUGAAGCUCAGUUUGCCAAUUUUGAACUGGAGAAGGGUGAUGACUUUGUCUUUGGGUCGCAAGUGAAGUAUACCUGCCACCAAGGUUAUCAAAUGGUCAGUCGAAUUAACUACCGCCGUUGCAUGGCAGAUGGGUGGAGUGGUACUAUUCCAGUCUGUGAAGCAAUACAGUGCCCCUUGAUCAACGUUGAAGACAAUGUUGACGUUAUAGGGAACACAGAAGAAGCAAACUUUGGCAACGUGGUUCGGUUUAUUUGCAAAAGUACCGAUGAAAUCAUCAUUGGUUUAUCAGAGAUCUUCUGUGAUGAAAAUGGAGACUGGAGUGGCCUUCCUCCAAAAUGUGAAGUGGUAAAAUGCACAGUGCCACUGAUAGGAAAUGGUUUUGUGCUUGGAAAAAUCCAAGAGUACAAAGAACAUGCUAUCUUGUCAUAUCAGUGUAAUCCAACAUACAAGCCUGCUGAAGACAGACCUUCAACUUGCACAAAAGUUGGGAUGAGAGCCGAAUGGAGCCCCGCACCCUUAUGUGAAUUGAUUAGAUGUAAAGUAUCACUGCCAGCCAUUAAAGGAACCAGCUACAAGCCAGCUUACACAUCUGUGUUUUCACCUGGUGACACGUUAACUGUCACAUGUGAAGAGACCCAUUGGAUUUCAACCCUACAGCAGACCUCAGCAGUAUCAACGUGCAAAGACAAUGGAAAAUGGACCAUUAGACCAAUAUGUCAGGAGGUUACAUGCAGUAACCAAAGAGACCAAAAUGUAUGGCGAUGGGAUGUCUAUUGGGGGCAGAGAAUUAAAUUGGGUGCAUCUGUUGAAUAUGCCUGUAAAUCAGGCUACAAGAGAACAAAUGGUGCCGAACAAGUCAAGUGCACCAGAGAUGGAUGGAUCCCAAAUCCACCCUGCCAAGAAAUUACAUGUGACAGUAAGGAUAUCAGGAGUGCUGAAAUUUAUGGUGAUGGCAAGCAAAUCUACAAAAAAAAUGAAAGGGCCUACUUUGCCUGCAAAGGUUCUCAACAAUGGUUUAGUCUGAUUUGUACGGAAAAUGGUUGGCAGGGAAAUGUGCAUUGUCCAGGACACCAAUGUAAAAAACUUGACCUCAGCAAUGCAGAUAUUAUAAGCAAGGAAAAAUACUACUACAAUGAAGGCGAACGUGUUCAAUAUGCAUGUAGGAAUGAUGCCGAUAGAACAUUCGCCGUUACCUGUCAAUUUGGUGACUGGACUGGGAUUCAGAACUGUUCAGCAUGUCUCCAACCUGAUGUGCUCCAUGGCUUUGCUGUUGGUCCAUUACAUGACACAGUGUACUACGCGUGCAAUGAAGGAUAUAAACUUCCAAGUAAAGGGUGGUGGGGUGAAGCGAAAUGCAUUGAUGGGCUGUGGUUUGGACUGGAACAAUGUGUGGAAAAAAAUAAAUGUGGGGACAUACCUUUGAUUGCCAAUGCAAAAAUUAGACACCAAAAAAAUGGAAAUGGAGACGAUGAGAUUAUCCAGAUUGAAUGCAACGAUGGAUAUCAAACUCAGACGGACCGCUUAUUGUGUGUGGAAGGAAAAUGGGAUUCAAAUGGAUUCGCCUUUAACUCGACCUGUGUUCUUGUUGCUGGAACCUGCAGUCAUCCACCUAAAUUUGAAAAUGCCAUCAGUUUGACUUCAUUUCAAAAGGAAUACUUGUCUGAUUCGAAAAUCACUUUCAAGUGCCGGCAAAACUAUAUGAUGGAAGGACAAGACACAAUCACAUGUCAAAAUGGCCAAUGGGACAACGUGGACAUUAAAUGUACAGCAUACUGCUCCAAGCCAAAAUAUGCAGAGCAAACCACCUUCACUGACAAUAAAGAAAAAUAUCUCAAUGGUGAGGUCAUAAAGUAUCACUGUAUCCAACCAGGAGAAAAAACUGAGGGUUCUGCAACCUGUGUAAAUGGCAAGUGGAGUGAACCAGUUCACUGUGAAGUGAAGCCAUGUCCACUUCCUGAAAACACUCCAAAUGGCUAUUAUGAAAUAAUCCAUGGUGAUGAAUUUGUUUUCGGGGCAACUAUCAAAUACUUUUGCAAUGUGGGCUAUCAAAUGGUGAGUAAGAUUGAUACCAGGACAUGUUUGCUGGAAAAAUGGACCAACCAUGUUCCAAUAUGUGAACCUAUGACAUGCGACCCACCACCUGCACUGGGAGGAAUAACAAUCAAAGGUCUACCAGAAAAUGAAGAGGGCAUCCUUCCUGACCGCUACCUCACAUUCAGUUGUGACCUUCCUGGAAAGCAAAUACAUGGCAAGUCAGUGCUGAUUUGUGGUCAAAAUGGACUUUGGGAUAACCCAUUCCCUUAUUGUGAAGACAUUUCUUGUAAAGUUGAAGAGCUACACACUCAUCUUCGUGUGGUCGGUUUGCCACGAGGGAAUCAAACAAUACAAAUUGGACACAAAUUAAGGUUUCACUGUGGUGACGAAUAUGCCUUGGAUGGAUCUGAAGAAAUUGAGUGCUUGUCAACUGGGAAAUGGAACAACCCUUUCCCAAUGUGCAAUGAACCAUGUAAGGUCACAGGAAUACCAGCUAGUGUCACAUUGAGCACUAAUCUAGAAGACAGACAAGCAACAAAAGGACAAAAGCUGAAGUUUUAUUGCCGCCUGAGACAACAAAUGCUUCGAGGGAAGGCAGAGAUUGAAUGUCUACCAAAUGGACAGUGGAGUGAUCCCUUUCCUACAUGUGGAGCGCCUUUGGAUUGUGAGCAUCCACCUCAUCUUGCUGGUGGGGACACCAUCUCCUCCACUAAAUACAUCUACAGCCAUAACGAGAGGGUUGAGUACCUUUGCAAAACUUUUUACAAAAUGGAAGGGCAUCCCUUCAAGACCUGCAAUAAUGGUGAAUGGAUUGGAGAGAUGAAAUGUCUCAAGCCCUGCACUGUGAAUAGAGAACUCAUGGGCGCACACAACGUAGUAUUCAGAUACAGUCGUGACAACAAAAUAUACUCGACCCAUAAUGAUGUCAUUGAGUUCUGGUGCGCCCCCGGAACAAGACAUGACGGCACACUGAGUAUGCGGCAGAAGUGCAUCGAUGGAGUAAUGCAACUCCCCACUUGCCAAUAGCUGAUUUUGUGUGUGUGUGUGGGGCUUAGCUUGAGUCAAUAAUCAUCCACUGCCUGUAAUAGGUCGCUGCAUUGUCUGCUGGUUUUCAAUAAAAAAAAAAAGUUGUUGGCUCCAUAGUCUCACACCUUGUGGACACAAACACUCAGAUACAUAGAGUGCAAGGCCCCAGACACAUACAAAUUGCAGGAACUUUUAUCCAUUCCUUAGACAUUGAUUUUUUUUUCAUCCAUUAAGGUCAAGUAUUGCACAUAUUUGAUUACAGCUAAAAAAAAAAAAAACAAAACAAAAAAAAACAGUACAAUAAACACUAUGCCGCCUUUUGCUCGUUCGUCAGACUCCAGUUCCUUUCACAAUUUUUUUUCUUUUACACCAUAGAACUAAAACGACAAUUACAAAACAACACGUGUUAAUUACAUGCUAACAGCUAUAAUGCUGACCACUUUGGCCUGCUUCACAACG